AUGCCACGAGUUACCAGGACCAACGCGACUAAGACGACCAGCGUCACGGAUCAAGAUGCUAACGAUGUCACCAACACACCGCCGAGCUCCCCGUUGAAGGAGGACGCGCUGCAGCGGUUACCUGCCAAGCCGCUUCCGGCGCCCUCAUCGGAUCCGCUGGCUGCUCUACCGACCGCUCCUGCUGGGACAAGCAACGCAGAUGCCAAGGGGAAAAGUGUUGACGAGGUUAACGCGAAUGAUGCGUCGAAUAAGUAUGGUGUGGACAAGCCGAUCAGCAACGUGGAAGAAGAGGUAUCUGAUAAUGACACGGCAGCUGAAGAACUGGACCUGGAAGAGGACGGUGAUGGAUACCUCCGCGACGACUCGGAUGAGAUGUUUGAUCCGGUUGUUGCAGCUGACAUUGCAUCACAGACAAAGGUCUCUCUAACCCUUUUGGUGCCUGUUAACAGGAUUGCGGAAGUCCCGCGUGUUAAGGCUACGAUUGUUGCUCUGCUUGAUGACUGCAAGGAGCAUCUCUCACCAGAUGUGCUGCAGACUACCACCUACCUGAAGCUUCAGCCGACCUUUCUCUCCCGGCAGAGGUUCGGGAGGCUUCAAGUCACUUUUAACAGCGCGCGUGAUGCGGAGUUCGUGCGUGAACAAGUCAUUGAUCAUGAGUGUGUUGACGACAAAUUUGUGAAGCUUACCUGGCAGUUUCCGGAAAAUGCACGCUUCCUCAGAGAGCGCUCCAUCAAUCCAUCUGCUGUUGAAGUGGUGUUGAAGUCGGUCCCGGCGGAAAUCUCGCCUGAGAUGGUUCGUCGUACGCUGGUGGAGGCAAAGGUGGUGAGAAUAAGGAGUCUGCUGAUGGCGAACCCGACUGCACAAAGGCUAUAUGAGGAGUUGGUGAAAUCGGAAGCGGCAUGGAAAGAAUAUCAGGCGAGAAACAAGGUCCGGCUGCAGGUGUUGUCGGGUAUGACGGUGGAGUUAGUGAGUGAAGCGCCGACUGGCUACCUGUCCGGCCUGAUCAAGUCGAAGAAGGAAAAGACAGAAAUCCGGGAGGUGUCAGUCAACGGACAGAACAUCACAGGGGCAAGAGAGGUGCUGGAGGCCGCAACAGCGUUCUUUCGGGACACUUUUGCGGGCCCCCUGCAGGUGGUUACAGAGGAAGGAUGGGAGGUGGCAGAAAGCAAGCGCCUGCGGGACAAGGAUAAAGAGGCACUCACCAGGCCAUGGUCAGAAGAGGAAGUAAGAACAGCACUCAGAGAGCUGCCAACGGGGAAAGCACCGGGGCAGGAUGGGUUGCCGAAGGAGCUGUUCGAGCAAAACUGGGGCCUCCUGGGAAAGGAGGUGUUGAAGCUGGUUGAGGACUUCGAGAAGGACGCGUUGCUGCCGGAGCCUUUUAUGACGGCGGUGACAAUCCUUCUGCAUAAGAAGGGAGCAAGGGAGCAGUUAGGAAACUACCGCCCGAUAACUUUACUCAGUGUGCUAUACAAGCUAGUGGCGAAGGUGCUGGCUAACAGGAUCAAAAAAGUUCUACCACAGGUUAUCUCGGAGAGACAGUACGGCUUUAUACCUGGGAGACGUUUGGCGGAUGCGGUAUCAACGGUUGCGGAUGUGAUCGACGCGGCAGCAGAAGGAGAUGAGGAUUGGCUGCUGCUCCUGGUCGAUUUCCAAAAGGCGUAUGACUCGGUCUCGAGAGACUUCCUCUUCGCCACGAUGGAGAAGAUGGGCUUCCCGGGCAAAUUCAUUGCCUGGACAAAGGGACUUCAUGAGGGAGCGGGAACAAAGCUGAUGGUUAAUGGAUGGUUAGGUGAUAGAAUCGGGAUGGAGAAAGGGGUACGGCAGGGUUGCCCGCUUGCUCCCUAUCUCUUCCUCUGCGCGGCGGAACCUCUCUGUCAGGAAGCGGAAAGAAGGGGUUUGGGGAUCCGGAAAAGGGGAGUUGGUGGACUGACGUAUGUAGGGUAUGCUGACGACACCACCUUAGCCCUGCACGGUCAAGAGCAAGUGGUGGCAGCCAAGCAGCUGCUGGAUGAGUUUGGACUACGCUCAGGAUUGUACAUCAACCAGGAAAAAACGAAGCUGAUGCCACUGGGGAAAAACAGGAGGAGACAGCAGCCCACAGGCUCACCGUUCCAAUGGGCAGCGCGGAACGAGCCGGAACGCCUCCUCGGCAUUUGGGUCACAUCGGGAGGAUCGCCGGAGCCGUCCUGGUACAAGGCCUUUGAACGGAUGUGCGGCGAGCUGAGCAAGUGGGACUCGAAGCACUUGACGACCUCUGCCAGGGUGACAAUCGUGAAUAGCUACGCGAUGCCAAUUCUACUGUUCCAGGCACUGGUGUACGCGCCACCGCACGAGAUCUGA